UCGCGUGUGUGCGCGCGCGCUCGCUCCGUCUGACCGGAGCUCCACUACAAGCGGAAGUUACGGUGAUUCUCGUCUUCUCUGAAAAAAGUGAAAACCGUUGCAGACGAUCCCCGGUUUAAACGGAUUAAAACCUAAACACGCUUUGUUUUUUCAUCUCGUUGUCAAAGGGUGUCUGGACCGCUGGUUUCCGUCGCUGAUAUUUCUUUUGAUAUAUUUGGGACAUUGAUUUGAUGUCACGGCUGUCUGGGUAGAGGAUGGUCGUACAGUCUGGCGUUGACAGAAACAAGCGUUUUUCUGUUAUGUAAGUUACUGAUUCUGGCUUUACACACGGCGGGUUUCCGAUUCUUGUUGAGAGGAGAAGAGAACCAUUGACUUUAUUCAGUGAUGACUCGGCUCGGUUUAACAUAGCCGGAGCCGUUAAAUCACACUCGUAUCUUCUUUUGCGCUGGAUUUCUAUUGGAAGUGAAUGAGAUGGCAGACGGCGGCCGGGUGAAGCACGUCAGCCCGAGCUCGAGCCCGAGUCCCGGGAGGAAGAAGGCUCAGCAGUCGCCCGCUUCAAAGACGCGGUAUUCGGUCAAUGCUCCCGGACACUGCUUUCGGAAAGUCACCCUGACCAAACCGACCUUCUGCCAUCACUGCAGCGACUUUAUUUGGGGCAUUGUCGGGUUUGUUUGUGAAGUGUGUAACUUCAUGUCCCAUGAGAAGUGUAUAAAGCACAUCAGGACCGUGUGUUCAUGCAUGACUCCCACACAGGUUCGGGGUCCUGUUGCACAUUGCUUCGGUCCAGCCGGUCUUAAGAAGAGGUUCUGUUGUGUGUGUCGGAAGCAUCUAGAAGGAAGCUCGGCCCUGCGCUGUGAAGUGUGUGAGCUGCACGUUCACAGCGACUGCGCUCCUUUCAGCAUCAGCGACUGCCGUUUCUGCCACAAAGAUGGAGGUCAAGACAUUGACACAUAUCAGCACCACUGGCGGGAGGGCAACGUGUCCUCAGGUGCCCGCUGUGAGGUCUGCCGGCGCACCUGCAGCUCCUCGGACGUCCUGGCUGGCAUGAGAUGCGAGUGGUGCGGCGUUACGGCACAUGCGUCAUGUUAUAUAAUCAUUUCCCCGGAGUGCAGCCUGGGGCGUCUGCAGAACAUGAUUCUUCACCCCAGCUGCGUGAGGAUCUGCUCGCGAAACUUCAGCAAAAUGCACUGUUACAGAAUCUCUGAGAAUUCCCAGCAUGGAGAGAUGGAUACUCUGGAUGAUGUCGAUACUCAGAGUACAGUCACGGCAAAGGAAACUCAGUCCUCGGGAUUACCUGACGCGGGGAAACAGAUGCUCAAAGUGUUCGAUGGCGAUGAUGCAGCCAAGCGGAAUCAGUUUCGUCUGGUUGCGAUCCCUCGAAUGUGGAGGAAUGACAAGAAUGAGGAAGUAGUGGAAGCAGCACUCAGAGCCUUGUAUAUCCCAGACGAGCCGCAGGAUUACGAGCUUCAGAGUUACGGCCAACAGGGACUGUUUACAGAUGACAUCAUCAACCGCAACGGCACGCCCGACAACAAAACCGUGUUUAAGGACAGUGCAUCCGAAUCCUGGCUUCUCAGAGCCAAACCCAGAGAAACGGAGGUGUUGAAGGUUUACGCUGGCUGGCAGAAGGUUGGAGUCAAUCACGUCUCGGUUACUGCUGGGAAAAGCACUACGGUAGAUUCAGUCAUAAAGGAGGUGCUUUCACUGCUUGGGAAACAGAAUGAAAAUCCUGAAAAUUUUAACCUGGUGGAAGUUUUAAUGAGCAGCAAACAAGUUCAACGACAAGUUCUCAACGGUCAAGAGCUUCUUCUGGACAAACUGCAGGAGAUACGGAAGAUCUCAUUGCGGCAAAUGAACCAAACACGGUAUUACAUCGAGGAGCGGAGGAAUGGUGUGGUGCAGGUCAAUCUGCUGCUGGGAGGUCUUCCUACACAACUCGACAAAGAGGAAUACACACACCUGCUAUCAGAACAUCUGGAUAUAAAGAGUCACCUGGUUACGAUGACUCAUGUAUAUGCCGGUCAAGGUGCCGUUGUUUUCCAGAUCAGCUGUUUUUCAGAGGCAGAGAGGAUUUACAUGCUGGCUAAAGAUAUCAGCAUCAGCGGCAAACCGCUCUGCUCGCUGGUUAUACCUGACAUCACGCAAAGCAAGUUGCCCAAAGGAAGUUGCCCACUGUUGGUCUUUGUCAACCCCAAAAGUGGGGGACUGAAGGGCAGAGAGAUCUUAUACAGUUUCCGCAAGCUUCUAAACCCUCACCAAGUGUUUGAACUCAGCAGUGGAGGACCGUUACCCGGGCUACACACGUUCAGGGAUGUUCCUCGGUUUCGUAUCCUUGUCUGUGGAGGUGAUGGCACAGUGGGAUGGGUGCUGGGGGUUCUGGAGUCCAUCCGACACAAAAUCGCCUGUCCUGAGCCAGCGAUCAGCAUCGUACCGCUGGGCACCGGGAAUGAUCUGGCCCGGGUUUUGCGUUGGGGGGCGGGCUACAGUGGAGAAGAUCCCUACAACAUUCUGAUAUCAGUGGAUGAGGCAGAGGAGGUACACAUGGACCGCUGGACGAUUCUCUUUGAUGCACAGGAAAUGACGGAGGAUGGCAAAGAGAAUGGCUUUCUAGAGCCGCCCAAGAUUGUGCUGAUGAAUAACUAUUUUGGUCUGGGCAUUGAUGCUGAGCUGAGUCUGGACUUUCAUCACGCGCGGGAGGAGGAACCGGAUAAGUUUAACAGCAGGUUUCACAACAAAGGCGUGUAUGUGAAGGUGGGCCUUCAGAAGCUGAGUCACACAAGAAAUCUUCAUAAAGACAUCAGACUGCAGGUGGACAAACAAGACAUCGAACUUCCCAGUAUAGAGGGACUGAUAUUUCUUAACAUUCCCAGCUGGGGUUCUGGUGCUGAUCUGUGGGGCUCUGACAGUGACUCUCGUUUCGGGCGGCCUAGGAUUGAUGACGGCAUGCUGGAGGUUGUGGGUGUGACGGGUGUGGUGCACAUGGGUCAGGUUCAAAGUGGGCUGCGUUCUGGGAUUCGUAUUGCUCAGGGCAGCUACAUUCGCAUCACUAUGACCAAACCCAUUCCAGUGCAGGCGGACGGAGAACCUUGGAUACAAUCACCAGGACAGAUCAUCAUCUCAGCCGCAGGACCAAAGGUGUGCAUGCUGAGAAAAGCCAAAACCAAGCAAAAAAAACAAUCGGGCAGUUUAAAGGAAGUCCGAUCUGACAGUCCGGCUCCCAGCGAUGGAGGCCAGUGACAAUCCCAGCAAACGCACAAACACUCACAAACGUCGUCUUGACAGGUUGUCCAGUAGAGUUAAAGGGACAGUUCACCCAAAAAUGAAAAUUCCGUCAUCAUUUAUUUACCCUGUUGUUUCAAACCUGUAUAAAUGUCUUUGUUCUGCUGAACACGAAGGAAGACAUUCGGAAGGAUUUUCAUUUCUAUUAGGAAAAGUGAAAAUGGUAGUCAAUGGUCCCCCAGAACUGUUCGCUUUACUUUCUACUAUUUCAUUUCUACUAUGGUAGUGACUGACGUUCCAUAACUGAAAAUUGCUAACAUUCUUCCAAAUAUCUUUCUUUGUGUUCAACAAAGACAUUUAAACAGGUUUGGAACAACUUCUAGGUGAGUAAAAAUGAAAUGAGUUUAAUUUUGGGGGUACAUUACGCCUUUAAUACUGUUAACAUGUUUCAAGUACAAUGAAAGGUGAAUGUUUACUUGUGAAGGUUUGUCAUCUCCAACAUCUCAGAGUGUGUAGUGUUAAAAAGCCCUGUGAGAGAACACCACUGCAGUUUCUCAGGACUUCCGCGGCCUGUCCGGCCUGUUUUUUGCCUUAGAAUCUUGCUGGUAUAGAUUUUUGUUGCCAGUUUUUUUAUUUCAAUGAACUUUGUCUUAAAGUAGUUCAUCACUGUAAUAUCAGAUGAAAUAUCUGUAGCAACCAGUAUUUACACAAGAGUAUCAUCUAGUUUGUGGUCAAGUUAUCAUCGACCGUCUUAAUGUGACGGUUAACAUUAUUUAUCCACGUUUGUUUGCAAACGUCAGUCCCUUAGUAGCUUUUACAAGUAUCAAAACCAAAACAAUGCAGUAUGCGAAUACAAGUCAAAUGUUCGAGUUUGUAUUCAUUAUGUACACAUUUACAUAGCGCAAGUUGAGCAGAGAAACGUGUUUUUGCAAGAGGUACCGAAAAACUGUGAAAACAUUUACAAACAGAUGUGGAUUUUAACGCAAUUCACAACAGAUGAAUGUUUGUAAAAGACAACGUGUAUUGCCACAUCAACCACUUUGUGUUUUCGUGUAAAUAAUAUAAGACCCUAUAUUAUAAGACAGCCGAUAAAACAUCCACACGUGAUCAUAUAGGCAGCCGCAGUAUUUAUCGCUGUCAAAGUUUAUUGAUGGUGCCUCACUGAUGGCAUUCAUCAUUUAUCUUCAUUGAUUCGUCAUGUUUACAAGAUCCUGUAGAUCAAGCGGAGCAUCAAUCAUAACUCCUCAUGAUAUGAAAAUAUAUGAAUAUGUUUUUAUCUGACAGUCGUGUAAAGCUACUCGUCCUAGAGACGAGCAUCGUGCUGUAACAUUUAGCUAUAGUAAAUAAUCUAAAAUAGCAAAUACUGUAUGUCCUUUAUGUACAGUGACUGGUCAGCCGUGCUUCAGCAAUAUGGAUUUGCGAAGCUGGCCUUAGAUUUGUAUAUAUGAUCACUCUCCAUUCCUGUGGGGGAGUUGUUUUUGCCUGGUUUUUACUACGGUAACCUAUGAGGCGGCUCAUCUACCUCUUCACCUGAACACAUCACUGCCAAGAAUGUUGAAAUACAGAGGGUUGACAAAAAAGGCCCAAAUUAUGUACCCAGUUUGAAUUUUAAGAACAAAUGUGGGCCGUUUGAUAGUUGACUGUCAUUGUGCUUUGGUUCUUGGUUCCAUGUCAUUGUUGUGUUAUUUGUUUCAAGCAAUGUGUACGGUAGUGACUUUCUGCAUCGGUUGUGCCUGUUGCCGUGACAACCCCUAGAACUGACGUGCUGUUCUGCGUUUAGUGCCUCAUAUAAGUGCUUCUGGAUCUUCUGCGGUAUCUCCGUCCAUUCCGUUCUGUUCGUCUUCUGAUUCAGUGGCUGUGAAGUAGAACUGUGCUGUUCUAGAUCGUCUAUGUGCCUACUAAUAAGAGUGAAUCGCUCAAAAACAUGACCGGGUCUGAUUUCACCCUAACAUCAAAGAAAAUAUUUGCUUUACAUCAAUUGGAACUGAAGUUGGCUUAAGGACGAUUUCAUUUUUUUAAUGUAAAUACAUAAAAUAUUUACAUUUAAAUGCAUAGUUGUUUCACAAAACAGUUGCGAUGACAAAAUAAGUCCUCAAAUUUAAAUGAUUUUGGGGUAAAAUAGACCAAGACAUGAUCUUGAGGUUUUGUGAGAUUCAACCAAUAGCUUUAUUUGGUCAAACUAUUGAAAGUAAUUUUAUCUCCUUGUGUAAUUGAAGUUUUAUUUUUACUUAAAAAGCGUAUGAUUAAUGUUCUGAGAACUGUAAAGAUGUAUAUUUUUCAAGAGAAAAUGUUGUUUUUAAUUUAGACUAAAGAAUCUCGCACUGAUUGAACCAUUUCCAAGACGCAUUUAAAUGUGCAUUAUAUGUUCAAUGAAUAUAAUAAAACUAAAUGUAUAUCAACAGAUGGAUGUGUCCAAUAGAAAAAAACAUAAAUUUGGAUUUUUUAA